AUGUCCGACGAGUGCUCUCGAGUGACGGGAUACGUUGAUCCCAACUGGCCACGACCUGAUGACGAUGGCUCGGCGUGUAUUAUCAUCUUUGGAUACGUUCCCUCCUUCGCCCUCGGAGUGCUGGCGGCAAUCCUCUUCGCAAUCGCACUUGGCUUCCAUCUAUGGCUGCUGUUUCGCCAUCGGACAUGGUACUUCAGUACUGUUGUAGUCGGAACGCUCAUGGAGAUCGUCGGCUAUGUCUUCAGAAUCCUUGCAUCGAAGCGCAAUCCCUACUCGGUCGCAUACUUCGUGGGCCAGUACUUCUGCAUAGUUGUAGCCCCGGUCUUCUACUCCGCCGCCAUCUAUACACUGAUAUCAGUCAUGAUCAAUCGCGUCGGCAAGCAAUACUCACCCCUGCCCCCAAAGCUCAUCCUCUGGGUCUUCAUCCUUUGCGAUGUAGUUGCAACAGUCAUCCAGAUCACCGGUGCUGGGCUAGUGGGGUCUGCCUACUCAAACGGCAAGGAUCCCAACAUCCCGAAUAAUAUCCUCCUCGCCGGUCUCGCCUUUCAAGUCUUCAGCUUCGCCCUCUUCAUUGCCUGCUUCGUGUGGUUCGUCUCCAAGGCGUGGAAGGUCUUGUCUCGCGAUCUUCGGGUCUUCGCAGCCGCAACAUUUGUGGCGACCCUUGCCGUCUAUCUCCGGACCUGUAUUCGAUUGGCCGAGACCGCCGAAGGCUUGUUGGAAUUCCUUUCGACACAUGAGGCAAUCUUUGGCUGCCUGGAGUUUGCACCCAUCGUUGUUGCUGUAUAUAUCUUCAUAUACUGGCAUCCUGGGCGGUGGCUGGGUCCCAACUCCAGGAAGCAUCACGAAGAGGUGUCGGGUCGGCAGCAUCAAACUGAGAAGUAA